AUGAUUGAUUCAGAAAUGGUGAAUAAACGAAAAUUUUUAUCCCACGAUUUUAUUUCGCUAUUCUGUGAAAAGAAUUCCGAUGGUACCAGGCACUUAAGAUUAAAAGGACGAGAUCUUUUUCAAAGAAUUGGUCGGAGAUUAACUGCAGAUGAUAUGCCAGAAAUAAUCAGAUAUUUAAAAUACUUUCCAACAGUUACAAGCAUCGACUUUUGCUACAAUGAUAUUGGAGAUGAAGGUAUUAAAACUCUUGUUGAUACAUACUUUUGCAGGGAAAAUGAUAUGCAGCACUUAAAUCUAAUGCAUUGCGAUUUAACGGGAAAAAGUUUGAUUUACCUUAACGAAAGUCUAUAUUUAAACCUUAAAUCGUUAAGAAUAAAUGGAAAUCUUCUUGAACCACAGAGUGCUCACUUAAUUUCACAGUUAUUGAAAGGAUGCGAGACUUUGGAAGAUUUGGAUAUAGCUGAAACAUCCAUGACAUUUGAAAGCAUUGCAAAUAUUUGUAGAUGGAUAGAAGUGUGUAAUAGACUAAAAAUAUUAGAUAUUUCCAGAGUUGUUCCCAAAUCUAAUUUGUACGUAAAUAAUUCUGCCAUAUUAGCAAACGAUCUAGGAUAUUUACUAGAUAAAAACAGUUCUUUAAAAGAAUUGCAUGCCCAAAAAUGCGAUUUUAUGGGCCACGAUAUGGAACUUUUGUUGUACGGCUUGAAGACUAACAAAACCCUUAUUAUGUUGGAUCUUGGAUGCAACAGAAUUGGGAAUUAUGGAGUUGAACUUUUGGCCAAGUGGUUAAAAACUAAACCGGCACUGCGAGGUUUGAACUUAUCGAAUAAUCAAAUUGGGGAGAUCGGCGCACGAGCUCUUUCAUUAGCAAUUCCAUAUGCCUCAUUGCGACUUCUGGAUAUAUCGUACAAUGAUAUUACUGAUACGGGUAUGAAUCAUAUAUUGUUCUGCUUGAAGAAAACUGAGAGAUUAAGAAUGUUGUAUAUGUGGGGCAAUCCAAUUACUUCUGUUUCCAAUAUGAUCAUUGCAAGACUUCUUAGGACUCAGAUAUUAGCCCAAGAACACAUUGACGUUAAAGUUUAUUAUGUGGAUGGUGUGGCAUAUGCUGCUUAUUAUCCAGGCAAUCACUACAAGCACAGGUACUACUGUGUAAUGGAUCACGGAUGUCCAGUCGAAAUAAAGAUUAAAAAGAACCGUAUACCGGAUGAAGACACUCAAAGACCCGCAAUGGUGGAUUUGAAAUACUAUGAUAGAAUACCACCGUAUGAAUUCCCACCAAAGCCAAGAAGGCAAACUUAUUACUGUGACUCCAGAUGUUUGGAUAAAGUAGAAUUCGAAAGAGCCGAUUAAAACUGCAGUUAAUUUAAAAACAAAAUUUAUUGUCGAUAUUUAAUAAAGAUUACGUAUAAUACCUAAA